AAGAGGCUGUAUCUUCGAACAUGAAGUCAUCAACGGAAGCCAACCAUGAUUUAUAAAAUUAUAAAGUGAUGAGUCCGAAAGGACUUCAUUUUUCUAGCUUAUUAAAUUAAACAUAAUCAGUGUGAUGGUUUUGUUAAAGCUGUAAAAGAUCAUGUAAAGUUUUGUGUUUCCAAAUGGUCUUCAAGCUAAACUUUGUUUGUCACUAAAAAUAUUGCACAUUUGAUCAUAUUGCACAUCAAGUUUUUAGUUUUUCAGGAUUUCUGGGCUAAAGUAAUUUUAAGCUUUAUCUUGUUAAAAAUAUAGCAUCCGGAACAAUCGUAGUGUUAUAAAAAUAAUAAAAUUCUUUUGUUUUUUUUUAUUUAGUACUAAACUAUUUGUUCUUGGGACUUCACAAAAAUUUCUCCAUUAAUAUGCAAUGCCCUUUAUUUUGUGUGAUUUUAAAUUGUUUAACCAAACCCAAAAGGGGUUUUUAAAUAUAAAGCUGUGAGCCAAUUAACCCAAGACUUUAAGAUUAAAUAGACCUAACUUAAAUGUACCUAGUGUAUGUUUUCCAAUCUUGUAACAUUCUUCUUGACUGAAGAAGCCACCAAUCCAUUGUGGUCCUUAAACUGAUUUUUAAACUGAGACCUUGAAGAAACGAAAAUGCAGUUCCCAGGACCCUCGACUCCCGUUCUUUUCCGUUCCCAGAGCGUCGGGAUCUGCUGGUAGCCGUGCGCAUCCGAAGCUGAAACCAAAAACUGGACACAGGCAGCUAGACCCAGUCGGAAAAAAGCAAAAGAAGUGUGUAUGUAGGGGGAGACCACACCCCGAAUCGUGAGGGAAACGGAAAAGUCACACGCGCCAGCAUGAAAUGCAUAGAGCAGUGGGCAGUCGCUCCGUCUCGCUUGCGCAGCGGCAAUGGCUGCCGUUGGAGCGAUGCGAUUGGUCGCUGCCGGCGCUGCUGCUGCGCUGCCUAGUGCGCCGGUAUAAAAGGACAAUCAUCGCCAGUAGCCGAGUCAAUUAAGGCCAAAGACUCGAGCGGUGAGCAGGCGCUAUCCAAGCUAUCAGAGUGCGAACUAUAGUAUCUGACAUACCAACUAGUGAUGUUUUUGCCAAAUGCAAUUAACUGAUUUGCAAAGUCAAUUUUAAAACACACCAGUGAAAAAAAAGCAAAGAUAAUUAAAUCGAAGUCUCGAAACGAUCAAUGGAUUAUAGACGGCUCUGGCCAAAGUUUAGCUAGUGGUUUUUGUGAGUAGUGAUUGUGCCUUGAGGAUAAAGAUCUAGACGAUGGAGCACGACAGCUUCGAUGAUCCCAUUUUCGGGGAGUUUGGCAGCGGUCCACUGAAUCCGUUGGGCGCCAAACCGCUAAUGCCCACCUCAACGGCCAUGCAUCCCGUGAUGCUGGGCAGUGUCCACGAGUUGUGCAGCCAGCAGCAGCAACAACGACUGCCCGACUGCAACACCAUUCUGCCGAACGGGGGCGGAGGAGGAGGAGGAUCAGGAGCCGGGGGAUCGCCCAACUAUGUGACCAAACUGGAUUUUGUGAACAAGAUUGGCUGCUAUUCGCCCACCCAAAAAUACGAGUAUAUUAGUGCCCCUCAAAAGCUGGUGGAGCAGCAGCAGCAGCAGCACCACCACCAGCACCAUCAGCACUACACGGCCACGCCCCCGCCCAGCCACAAUGGCAUCCUGCUGCACAAGCAGUCCGCCCAGCAACAGCAACAACAGCUGGUGGGCAUCCUCGACUAUCAUCCGCUCAAUGGCAAACUGGACUACUCCUCCUCGCCCAAGGAUCAGUACGAGCCGCAGCAACAGCAAAUGCAGCAUCUGUACAGCGGCAGUCCGCAUCAUUUGGAUCAUCUGGAUCAUGGCAGCGAUGGCCUGCUCCAGGACUCCUCGCCGGUGAUGAUCAACGGAGGAUCCGCGGCGGGCAAGCUCAAGAAACCCGAUGAGAUGUGCCCACAAAUGGAGGCGGGUGGGCCAGGAGUAACGCCACCAACUUGUUCCUCGGCGGUGGUUAAUGGGGUGGCAGGAACAACCAAUGGCACCACCAACUCCGCUUCCUCCGCCGCCGCCGGCGGUCAGGGGGCGGCGGUCACAGCGGGAGGCGUGGCAGCUCCUGCUCCGAAAAAGGACAGCAACAGCAGCAAGAAGAAGGGAGAUCCCAACGGCAUCAAGAAAAAGAAAACGAGAACCACCUUUACGGCUUACCAGUUGGAAGAGUUGGAGCGUGCUUUCGAGCGAGCUCCGUAUCCGGAUGUCUUCGCCCGUGAGGAGCUGGCCAUCAAGCUGAAUCUGAGCGAGUCCCGGGUACAAGUGUGGUUCCAGAACCGACGAGCCAAGUGGCGCAAGCACGAACCACCCCGCAAGACGGGCUACAUCAAGACGAGCACGCCGCCGACGGCUACGCUCAAUCCCGGAACUCUAGCCCCGCCGUUCACCAGCUAUCCGCAGACGACGACGGUUACGCCGCCGGGCAGCAUGGACAGCUGGACCAGCUACCAGACGCCCUACGAGCUGACGCCCCAGUUCAGCCUGCUCUCGCCGGCGGCCAGUCCGUAUGGCACCUAUUCCGGCCAAUACGGAGCCUAUGUCCACGAAAGCCAGCUGUUCCCGAUGCGACACUAUGAGUACGGCAGUCCGACGCGCAUGGAAAUGGGCGCCACUUCCGGUUCGGUGGCCGGAAACGGAGAGGAGACGGUGGCCAAUGGCGGAAGCUAUCAGCCGGCGGAUCUACAGGCCGCCCAGCAGCAGCAACAUCUGCCCGACGGCACUCUGGUCACCGUCCAUGCCCACCAGCAGCAGCAGCAGCAGCAGCAACAGCAGGCACAGCAGCAACAGCAACUCAACGGCAAGUACCUGAGCGCCGAUGAGGCCAAGUAUGUGCAUCUCCAGUGCCAUCAAAGUGGCGCCGGCUUGGAGCUGAGUCCUGGCGCCAGCUGCCACCUGGUGGAGGCCCAGGGUCAGCACUACGUGACCACAGCCGCGGGAGGAGCUGUAUCCGGGGGGACCAGCAGCGAUGACAACGACAGUGGCGGCAUGCAGACUGUGAUCAAAAGCGAGGAGGCCGCCCAGCAGCAGCAGCAGCAGGCACAGAGCUACGUUCUGCCGCCUUUUUUGCACUAAAAGAAAUGCUCACACACCGGCGACAGCAGCAACAUCAGCGCCGCUGGGCCACGCCCCCAAGCCUGUCGAGCGUCCGCUUUCGGCGACCAUACUGAAAGGGGCGUGGGGUGUGCAGCAUUUCUAUGUGUGUUUCCCUCGACUGAAAGUGGGUCUCCAUAAAUGCAGUUACCAAAAGCCAAAGCCUAAAUAUUAGUAAAAUUUUACAUCACAUCAGCAGUUUACUUAAGUGUAGAUAAAAUCUCAAAGAAAGAGCAUGAGAUUUUGAAACCAACUGCUUUUUAAAUUAGUCAAUUAUUAUUCAAUGCUUUGGAAAACAUUAUUUAAUUCAGUUAACGCUCUGCCAGCAAAGAGUUUUUCUGGCCAGUCCCACUCAGUACCACUAUUUUCAUAUUGCCAUAGGUUCCUUUUAGGUUUAAUUACGCAAGUUGCAACAACAACAGAAUCAAUAAGUCUUGCCAAAACUUAACGCGGUUUUUGUUCAGUCUAAGUCUAGGUUAAUUAAGGGUCAAGGGUUCAGGAAACGAGAGCCCCACCCCCAGAAUGCAUUCCAAAUGUGCCUUACCAAACGGGUGACGAGAGGAUUCCCAGCUAGAACCUCCGUCCCCCAACAAACUUAGUUGUAGUUACCCUAAGCCUAAGUGAAACCCCAUUUACUGUUGUGUAGUUAGACAAUAAAAUGCUUUUUAUAUUGUAUAUUAGUUCAUUUGGCUUUACAAAGUUAUUACUUAUUAAUUUAUCCAUACCAUUUUGUAUAUCGGUUUGAAAAUUUUGUUAUACCUACAUUUAGUAAUCUAGUUUAAGUCAAUAAUUGUAAGCAAUACAGUAAUAGACGUAUGAAUAAAUUGUAUUUUGUACCAAUAAUUGAUUAUAAUUAUAGUCAAAACUGCCUACAUAAACAAAGAAAUAACAAAACAAAAUGAUUACAAACA